UUACUCUCCUCUUGACCCCUUUCUCUCCCACCAGGAUGUAAAUGUUUAGGCAACACCCCCUGAGUGAGUGAUCAUGACCAGCUGAAUCAGCAACCCUUGCCCCACCUAGAACUUUCGUCCAAUCAUCUCAGCGCCUGCCUGGAUGGGUAUGACAUCAGGUAGGUUUUAGCCAUCUCAGUGAAGACCAUGUCGGGUUUUGAUGAAGACGACAAUGCAUUGCCAUGAAAAGACACACAAAGUAUACCAUUCAGACACACAAAGAUGAGCCAAGCCAAACGGCCAAGGUCACCAGACGAGGAUGCAAAGGAAGAAGAUGAGCAACAAUAUGGCUCCGGUCCUCUCACCCUCGAGGAACUUAAUGAGAAAUACCCCAACCGUCCACGGAACCACUCAGAGACCCUCCUGUUCUCCGAGCUCUACCAGACUCUCUUCAACCCGCUAAGUGAGAACAAGAAGCAGCCGACGGGCGGCAGGCCCUUGCCACGCUCCAAGGCCGGGCCUCAUGGCCCCUCCAAGGUCUCCCCGCACGAGCAGCGGCGGCACAUCAUAGAGCGGUUCAUGGCGCGAUGGCGCUCCGAGGUGGGGGACGACUUCUACCCUGCUCUGCGCCUAAUCCUGCCCGACAAGGACCGCGACAGGGGCGUGUACGGCUUGAAGGAGCACACCAUCGGCAAGCUCCUAGUCAAGCUAAUGAAGAUCGACCGCAACUCCGAGGACGGCUACAGCCUCCUGCACUGGAAGCUGCCGGGCCAGACGACGGCGAGCCGCAUGGCGGGCGACUUUGCGGGGCGCUGCUUCGAGGUCCUGAGCAAGCGCCAGCUGAGGACCGAGCCGGGGGACAUGCGCAUCGGCGAGGUCAACGUGCUGCUCGACCGGCUGUCGGGGGCCAGCGGCGAGACGGAGCAGCUGCCCAUCUUUGAGAAGUUCUACCGGCGCAUGAACGCCGAGGAGAUGAUGUGGCUGAUCCGCAUCGUGCUCAAGCAGAUGAAGGUCGGCGCCACGGAGCGCACGUUCCUGCACCUGUGGCACCCGGACGCCGAGGCGCUGUUCAGCGUCUCGUCGAGCCUGAGGAGGGUCUGCUGGGAGCUGCGCGACCCGGCCGUGCGGCUGGAGCAGGAGGAGACGGGCAUCACGCUGAUGCAGUGCUUCCAGCCGCAGCUGGCGCAGUUCCAGAUGCCGGCCUCGUUCCAGAAGAUGGUCGAGUAUCUCGGCGUCACAGAAGAAGACCCCGAGUUCUGGAUCGAGGAGAAGCUCGACGGGGAGCGCAUACAGAUGCACAUGGUCGAGGACGACCAGGUCCCCGGCGGCAUGCGCUUCAGCUUCUGGUCCAGGAAGGCCAAGGAUUACACCUAUCUCUACGGCAGCGGCUUGGAGGACGACAACUCUGCUCUUACCCGGCACCUCAAGAACGCGUUUGCAGACGGCGUCAGGAACCUGAUCCUCGACGGCGAGAUGAUCACCUGGGACCCGGACCUCGACAAGAUCGUGGCCUUUGGCACGCUCAAGACGGCGGCGCUCUCGGAGCAGAAGAACCCGUUCAGCCAGAAGGGGGCGCGGCCCCUGUACCGCGUCUUCGACAUCCUUUACCUCAACGACCAGCCGCUCACGCGCUACACGCUGAGGGACCGCCACCGGGCGCUUGAGAGGGCCGUCCCCGGCGAGCCGCGCAGGAUGGAGAUCCACGGGUACGAGAGCGCGACCUCGGCCGACGCCAUCGAGCCGCUCCUCCGCAAGGUCGUGGCGGAGGCGUCCGAGGGCCUCGUGCUCAAGAACCCGCGGUCCAUGUACCGGCUCAACAGCCGCAACGACGACUGGAUCAAGGUCAAGCCCGAGUACAUGUCCGAGUUUGGCGAGUCGCUCGACGUCGUCGUCAUCGGGGGCUACUACGGGUCCGGGCGGCGGGGCGGCACGCUAUCGAGCUUCCUGUGCGGCCUGCGCGUGAGCGAGAACUACGUGCGGGCGGGUGCCGACCCGGAGAAGUGCCUCAGCAUCUGCAAGGUGGGCGGCGGUUUCCGAGCCGAGGACUACGCCGAGAUGCGGCACCACACCGAGGGCAGGUGGGCCGACUGGGACGCGGCCAACCCGCCGUCGCGGUUCAUCGAGCUCGGCGGCGGCGAGCGGCUGCAGCACGAGCGGCCCGACGUGUGGAUCCGGCCGCGCGACUCGGUCGUCGUCUCGGUCAAGGCCGCGUCCAUCGGCCAGUCGGACCAGUUCGCGCUCGGCUGGACGCUGCGCUUCCCGCGGUUCCGCCGCCUGCGCCUCGACCGGUCGUGGGACACGGCGCUCGACGUGGACGGCUUCGACCAGGUCAAGAACCGCGUCGACAGGGAGGUCCAGGAGCGCAAGGAGAUGGUCAUCGAGAACCGCCGCCGCCGCCCGACCAAGCGGGCGAGGCGCAAGCUCGUCAUCGCCGGCGCGGGCUCUUCCUCCUCCGUGGUGCAGCCUCGGACCGAGGCCUUUGACGGCCUCGAGUUCUGCGUCCUGUCCGAGGCGGUGAAGCCGAUCAAGAAGACGAAGGCGCAGCUCGAGGCGCUGAUCAAGGAGAACGGAGGCCGCAUCAGCCAGCGGCCGGACAAGCCGGGCUUGGUCCUCGUGGCGGACAAGAAGGUGGUCAAGGUGGCGAGCCUGAUCAAGGGCGGCGACGUGGACAUUGUCAGGCCGAAGUGGAUCCUCGACUGCCUCGCGCAGGCGGGCAAGAGUAGAGGGGGAGGCGGCGGGUCAGGCCCCUUGCCGUUCGAGGAGGGCCACCUGUUCUUCGCGACGGACGCCAUGAGGGAGGUGGCGAGGGGCAAUGCGGAUAGGUACGGGGACAGCUACGCGAGGGGCGUCGACGUGGAGGAGCUGUCCGAGAUCCUAGCGGGGAUGCCCAAGCCGGAGGAGCUGCGGGAGGGCGGCGAAGGCGACUUCGACGCGGGGCGCUUCGUCGACGAGCUCGAGGAGCACGGGCACCCGCUCGAGCGGAUCAAGGGCACCAUCUGGCGGCGGUGCAGGGUCUACUUCGCGCUCGGCGAGGGCGUGUCGGACCUCCGGACCCUGAGGCUGGAGCACUACGUCCGGUUCGGCGGCGGGGUCGUGGCGGGGGGCAUCGAGGACGAGGCGGUCACGCAGGUCGUGGUCGUGGCGGCGGACGGGGCGGCGCGCCGGGAGCUGGCGGCGGAGGUGCGGUACCGCGUCAGCUCGAGGAGGACGGUGCCGCGGAUCGUGACGGAGAGGUGGGUUGAGGAGUGCUGGAAGGCGGACACGCUUGUCGAUGAGGAGGCGUACGUACCUGUCUAGGGAGGGGAGAUAGCUGGGAGGUCAAUAUAUUUGCUUGCUGCCUUGUUCCGAGGAGGAGAUACUUAUAGACCCUUCGUGGGUAACAAAUAGCCGGGCACUCUUUACUUUGCA